AUGGAUAUUGUCAACGAUAGAGAUGAAGAUGGAAAUAUUACCAAAGCAGCUCCUACAUUUGACUACAUUGAGAACAAGGCCAUCGAGGAGGAGCAUCGAAAAGGACAGCUGGGUAACAAGCCUGCAGACACAAAUGCGCUUCCCGCCUUCACACUGAGCCGAAGCUUUGAGGACAAAAAGAUCAUACCGUCCCUAGACGGGCAAACAUGCCGAAUCGAGAUAUAUAAUGUCCCGUUCUGUGCUUUCUGUCGAAGGCCCUAUCAUACAGAGCCUGAAUGCUUCAAGAAGAAUCCCGAUCUGAGGGACCAAGAAAAACGGAAAAAGACACGCAAGCCAAGGUCCAGCGGUGUAACCGCCGACUCCCGUAAGCUAUCUAAGAAGCGCGCCAAUACAGACAAUGAGGACGACGAUUCUGAGGGGCCGAGGGACCCUAAAAGACCUACCUUCAUGGCGACGCGAGUCUCGAGACAAGAUAUCAAUGAAGCAUUCGGAGCGGAAAUCGAAGGAAACUUUGCUACGUUUGAUCAUAUUCCUUGUUUGAUGGUCACAAAAGCUCCCUCGAUCCGUGACGCCUGGAUCGUGGAUAGUGGGUGUGCCUAG